AUGUCCUCUACCUACGAGCCAGUCGGAACUGUAUCCGCUAUCGACGGCAUGCAAUGCUACAGCGUCGGUCACUCGAGCAGGGUCAUCAUCGCUGCUUAUGACAUCUUUGGAUUCAACAUCAAGCAAACUCGACAAGCUUUGGACACCCUUGCCAACCAGGGUUUCAAGGUUAUCAUGCCUGACUUCUUUAGAGGUGCAACCUGGGACCAUGGAGCCGAUUUCAGCCAAUUGAUGCCCUGGAUCCAGAAACACGGUUCAUGGGAUGUCUGUAAAGCUGAUGUAAAGAUGAUUAUCGACCAUGUAUUGGCUUCUGACCCAUCAGCCAAAAUCGGAAUGCUUGGAUUCUGCUGGGGUGGUUGGAUUGGAAUGCAAGCUGCUAGUGACCCUACUUACAAGCUUUCUUCAUGGGCAUCAGUCCACCCAUCCUUGUUGACUGCAGAGGGAGUAGCAAAAACCUUAUCCCCUGCUUGUCUCUUGCCUUCAAAAGAUGAACCAGACUAUGGUGCAAUCUACGAAGCUCUCAGCAAGAAGCCAUUUGCUGCCGCCAACCGAUUCCAACGAUUCGAAGAUUGUGUACACGGAUGGUGUGCUGCCCGUGCUGAUUACUCCGACGCCUUAAACGCAGCACGUACCUCAGAAGCUUUGGGCAUUUUCGCUGGAUUCUUUGCCAGCACUUUGGCUCCUGGUGCCAAAUUGUAA